AUGGAUACCUGGUCAAACCAAGCCCGUGCGUACCGGGCAAAUAGGGAUAGGGUACGAUGGCUUACGAGAAACUGGGUGCCAAUUGGUAUCUUAGCCAGUGAGUAUGAUGCUGAUGUCGGAAACGGAUGUAUAUUGAGGGUAGACUACGUGACGUUCGGUAUCUUAGGGGGUGCGUAUGGGGCUAGUGUCGAGGAUGGAUAUGCACUGACCACACACUGUGUGCUGUUCGGUAUCUUAGCUGGUGCGUAUGGGGCUGGUGUCGAGGAUGGAUAUGCACUGACCACACAUUGGGUGCUGUUCGGUAUAUCAGUCGGUGCGUAUGGGGCUGGUGUCGAGGAUGGAUAUGCACUGACCACACAUUGGGUGCUGUUCGGUAUAUCAGUAUGUGCGUAUGGGGCUGGUGUCGAGGAUGGAUAUGCACUGACCAGACACUGGGUGCUGUUCGGUAUAUCAGCCGGUACGUAUGGGACUGGUGUCGAGGAUGGAUAUGCACUGACCAGACACUGUGUGCUGUUCGGUAUCUUAGCUGGUGCGUAUGGGGCUGGUGUCGAGGAUGGAUAUGCACUGACCACACAUUGGGUGCUGUUCGGUAUAUCAGGAUGUGCGUAUGGGGCUGGUGUCGAGGAUGGAUAUGCACUGACCACACAUUGGGUGCUGUUCGGUAUAUCAGUCGGAUGUGCGUAUGGGGCUGGUGUCGAGGAUGGAUAUGCACUGACCAGACACUGGGUGCUGUUCGGUAUAUCAGUAUGUGCGUAUGGGGCUGGUGUCGAGGAUGGAUAUGCACUGACCACAUAUUGCGUGCUGUUCGGUAUCUUAGGGGGUGCGUAUGGGGCUGGUGUCGAGGAUGGAUAUGCACUGACCACACAUUGGGUGCUGUUCGGUAUAUCAGUCGGUGCGUAUGGGGCUGGUGUCGAGGAUGGAUAUGCACUGACCAGACACUGGGUGCUGUUCGGUAUAUCAGUGGGUGCGUAUGGGGCUGGUGUCGAGGAUGGAUAUGCACUGACCAGACACUGGGUGCUGUUCGGUAUAUCAGUAUGUGCGUAUGGGGCUGGUGUCGAGGAUGGAUAUGCACUGACCACAUAUUGCGUGCUGUUCGGUAUCUUAGGGGGUGCGUAUGGGGCUGGUGUCGAGGAUGGAUAUGCACUGACCACACAUUGGGUGCUGUUCGGUAUAUCAGCCGGUGCGUAUGGGGCUGGUGUCGAGGAUGGAUAUGCACUGACCAGACACUGGGUGCUGUUCGGUAUAUCAGUGGGUGCGUAUGGGGCUGGUGUCGAGGAUGGAUAUGCACUGACCAGACACUGGGUGCUGUUCGGUAUAUCAGGAUGUGCGUAUGGGGCUGGUGUCGAGGAUGGAUAUGCACUGACCACACAUUGGGUGCUGUUCGGUAUAUCAGUAUGUGCGUAUGGGGCUGGUGUCGAGGAUGGAUAUGCACUGACCAGACACUGGGUGCUGUUCGGUAUAUCAGUCGGUGCGUAUGGGGCUGGUGUCGAGGAUGGAUAUGCACUGACCAGACACUGGGUGCUGUUCGGUAUAUCAGGAUGUGCGUAUGGGGCUGGUGUCGAGGAUGGAUAUGCACUGACCACACAUUGGGUGCUGUUCGGUAUAUCAGGAUGUGCGUAUGGGGCUGGUGUCGAGGAUGGAUAUGCACUGACCAGACACUGGGUGCUGUUCGGUAUAUCAGUCGGUGCGUAUGGGGCUGGUGUCGAGGAUGGAUAUGCACUGACCACACAUUGGGUGCUGUUCGGUAUAUCAGGAUGUGCGUAUGGGGCUGGUGUCGAGGAUGGAUAUGCACUGACCAGACACUGGGUGCUGUUCGGUAUCUUAGCGGGUGUGUAUGGGGCUGGUGUCGAGGAUGGAUAUGCACUGACCAGACACUGGGUGCUGUUCGGUAUCUUAGCGGGUGUGUAUGGGGCUGGUGUCGAGGAUGGAUAUGCACUAACCGCACACUGUGUGCUGUUCGGUAUCUUAGCUGGUGUGUAUGGGGCUGGUGUCGAGGAUGGAUAUGCACUGACCACAUACUGUGUGCUGUUCGGUAUCUUAGCGGGUGUGUAUGGGGCUGGUGUCGAGGAUGGAUAUGCACUGACCACAUACUGUGUGCUGUUCGGUAUCUUAGCGGGUGUGUAUGGGGCUGGUGUCAAGGAUGGAUAUGCACUGACCACAUAUUGCGUGCUGUUCGGUAUCUUAGCGGGUGUGUAUGGGGCUGGUGUCGAGGAUGGAUAUGCACUGACCACAUAUUGCGUGCUGUUCGGUAUCUUAGCUGGUGCGUAUGGGGCUGGUGUCGAGGAUGGAUAUGCACUGACCACACAUUGGGUGCUGUUCGGUAUAUCAGGAUGUGCGUAUGGGGCUGGUGUCGAGGAUGGAUAUGCACUGACCACACACUUUAUCGUUCCAUACCUCAGUGGGAUGCAACACUGGAGAAUCAUGCCCGCCAACGGGUCGGGUCUCAUGACUCGGAAUUACACCACGAUCAAGCACAAUCAGGAUCUCAGGCGCCACGUCAAAACUAGCAAAUCUGGGGUCGAUGUUUUGGAUGGGUACUGCAAUAUGUGUGCGCGCAUGUGUUACGACUGCUAG